AUCUUAAGGGAAGUCUCAGUAAUGUUCUCCUCUUUUUGUGGGUAUAUCGUCUCCUCUUUUAUUAGUGCAUUUUUCUUUCGUUUUGUUGUUUUUCUUUGGCACUCUGGAUUGGCUUGAAGAAUGGUAUGCCAUUCUUUAAUUACUUUUUCUUGAAUUCUUGGCGUCAAUGUGCAAGAAGUUAAAGACGAUGGCAAUCAAAACCCAUAUGACAAUCUGAUGCUUGUGCUUCUCUGAAGAAAGGAGAUUCAACCACUUCAAGUGUGCUUAGUUGACUGUGACUGUAGAAAGACAAAUGGGAACGUUGUCAUCCGCUGCUGUUGCAGCAAAGAAGUCAUCUCUUACGCCUAAAGCCAUUAUAUCUCAGAAGUUUGGCAGUAAGGCCUCCUAUAAGGUCGAUGAAGUCGAGGAAUCUUUCCCAAAUGAAUGCCCAGGGCUAGCAAUCCGGCAGAAGGGUCGCUGCCUUUACCGUUGCCAUCUGCAACUUCCAGAACUUUCUGUUGUCUCUGGAACCUUUACAAGAAAAAAGGAUGCAGAACAAGCGGCUGCAGAGAAGGCUAUAGAAAUGUUAGGUAUCCAUGUGAAGGAAAAUAAUCCCACUGAAGAGGAAGCACGGGACGAGUUGGUCGAUCGUCUUGCAUAUUUAUUCUCAAGUGAGUUCCUCUCAUCUGGUCAUCCUCUCAGUGGUCACUUCAGAGCAGUCUUGAAGACAAAGGGUCAUCUCAAUGGUUGUAUUCCAAUUUCUGUUAUGGCCAUGUAUGAUGCAAAGCUUACUAACCUGUGUAAACACAUAAAUCCUGAAGUUGAGUCAAACCCGCUUGGGAUCACAUCAAUUAUUCUUAGUGCUGCUGAAAAAUUAUCUGGCUCUUUGUUGCCUUUGGAAGAUCAUCUCUCAUUAAAGAGGCAAAGCCCACAUCCUCCUGAUGUUUUACAGUCUGUCGAAAAUUGUGAAUCUACCUUGCCGGAAAGCUUUGAGAUUCAAGCAAUACGUAUCCCUUCUUCUGUAAAUGAGACUAUUGAAACCUUGGUUCUUAACCUGUCCUCUGCUAGUUAUUACCUUGAUGUGAUUGCAGAAGCAUUAGGUGUGACUGAGGCUUCUAGAGUGCAAGUUUCAAGGACUAUAGGCAAAGCUUCCUCUGAGGUCAGAUUAUACUUCUGUCCCAAACAACAAUUGUUAGACCAAUCAUUGGAGCCUCUGGAAGUCCACAGGGUUCAGCUUCAGGGAUCACUUAAUGUCAGAGCAAGUUAUUUUGCGGGUCAGGAAGUGUAUGGGGAUGGCAUUUUGGCAUCUGUAGGUUAUGUUUGGAAGUCUGCCAAUCUGUUUCAUGAAGACAUGUCCAUGCGUACAUAUUAUAGGUUACUCAUCAAUAAGAUACCCAGUGGAGUGUACAAGUUAUCGAGGGAGGCAAUAUUUGUCGCAGAAUUGCCCAUGGUGUUCACCACAAGAAGCAACUGGAGGGGUUUCUUUCCAAGAGAAAUCCUGUAUACAUUCUGCCGUCAGCAUCGUUUGGCAGAACCUGUCUUCUGUAUCCCUAAUAGUUCCUUGGGCACAUCAACAGAUCCACAUGGAACAUGUAAGAAGUUGAAGGUCACAGAGCCUAGUGAAGAAGGGAAAAAGAGUCCAGUUCUUGCUGCUGGUGGUGGAGGUGAGUCAGAUGGACUGACCGGAGACUUUAAAUGUGAAGUGAAGAUCUUUUCAAAGUGUCAGGAUUUGAUCUUGCAGUUUUUGUCGACAAAAGCCUACAAGAAACAGACAGAUGCAGUCCAGAAUGCUGCUUUGAAAGUCCUGUUAUGGUUGAACCUUUUUUUCAGAGAAUCUAAUAUUUCUUCAGAGAAGUUGAGCUCACAUGCAAAGGAACUUGGCAUUCAGUUUUAUUCGGAGUACUUUCUAAAGGAGUUUAAUAUUUGUCCUUUGGUGCAUGACUUUUGGAUGAGCUUUGCUACAGUAGAAGAUGGAUUAUUGGACCGUAAGCAUAUGAAAGCAAAUGAUGACAUGCUAGAAAAUGUGGUUUUCUCUCUUAACAUGGGAGGACAAGCAUCUGGAGUUAAUCCAUCUAGUGGUUCUUUAGUAUGCAUUGGCUACACUUCAUGUUUGGUUACUGAAGGGGGCAUGAAGGAACAUCUUGAAAGCAAUGAAGAGUUUGAAUUUGAGAUGGGCAUUGGAGCUGUUGUUCCUUAUAUUGAAGGAAUUGUAACACAGUUAUCUGUUGGUCAAUCUGCAUGUUUUGGUGCAGAGUUACCUCCUUUGGAAUUUAUUUUGGCAGCUGCCGAUGAUUCUCCAACGACAAUAUCAUUAUUAUCUUCAGGGAAAUGCAGUUUGGAGCACACUAUAACGUUGUUACGUGUAACAGAACCCUUGGAGGACAGAAUGGAGCAGGCUUUGUUCAGCCCUCCUCUGUCAAAGCAGCGUGUUGAGUAUGCGUUACAACACAUCCAAGAGUCACAUGCUUUGUCAAUGAUUGAUUUUGGAUGUGGUUCUGGAAGUUUGCUGGAUUCUCUCCUAGAUUAUCCGACAUCCCUGGAGAAAAUUGUUGGUGUUGAUAUCUCGCAGAAAAGCCUUGCUAGAGCUGCAAAGAUGCUCCAUUCAAAAUUAAACUCCAAGUUGGACUACAAGGUAUCAAGUAACAGAAUCAAAUCUGCAGUACUAUAUGACGGUUCUAUCACAAAUUUCGACUCACGGUUGUGUGGUUUUGAUAUUGGAACCUGCUUAGAGGUGAUUGAACACAUAGAGGAACAAGAAGCAAGCUUAUUUGGUGAUGUUGUGCUUAGCUCUUUCUGUCCAAGGAUUCUUAUCAUCUCCACGCCAAAUUAUGAGUACAAUGUGAUUCUCCAGAAAUCUGCUCCACAAAACCAAGAAGAGGAUCCUGAUGAGAAGAAUCAAUCACAAGCUUAUAAAUUUCGAAACCAUGAUCACAAAUUUGAGUGGACAAGAGCUCAGUUUUGUGAUUGGGCAACUGAUCUAUCAAGAAGGCAUAAUUAUAGUGUUGAAUUCAGUGGAGUUGGUGGUGUUGGUGAUGUAGAGCCAGGAUUUGCCUCCCAGAUUGCUGUCUUUAGAAGCAAAGAAGAAAAUCCCAAGAACGUAGAAAUAGCUCAUCAUUGUAAAGUUAUAUGGGAGUGGAGUGAGGGAGACAGGUCAAAAUCUGCUCUCUAAAACUGUUAGUUGUAUGUUUUUGUUUCGGCCGGCGAUGCUGCCAGAGCAAUUUCUACUAAAAUACCAUUAUAUUUGUCCUUCCUAGUCAAGAACAAAAUAAUUUCAUUAAUUUUUGAGGGGUCC